AUGGAGACAGCACCGCAACUUGAGAUUCCUCCCGGAGAGGCUAUCAAAGCCGUCAAGCUCAUUAAUCCUGUCAACUUUGGUCCAGCUAUUCUUGAGAGGUUUAUGGCACCAGCUGUUCCUGGCCUUGAAACAUUCAAGAGUUCUCCUUCGUUAUCAUUCCUUAUUGAGCACCAGUCUGGGAGGAAGCUAGUGUUUGACCUAGGAAUUCGAAAAGACUACAACAAUUACUCACCGUCUAUUGUCAAGUAUUUACCGACUACCAAGUACACUAUCGAAGUAGCGGGGAAUGUGGCAGACAUCUUGCAGGAUAAUGGUGUCCCCUUGGCUGAGAUUGAAGCCGUGAUAUGGAGUCAUUGGCAUUGGGAUCACAUCGGCGAUCCUUCCAGCUUCCCUCAUCUCACAGAUCUUGUCGUUGGGCCGGGCUUCAAAGAUGCAAUGCUACCAGGAGCACCGGCAAACCCAGAAUCACCCAUCCAAGAGAGCGACUACGCGAAUCGUAAUCUGCGUGAGAUUAGUUUCCAAGGCCCAGACUCUCUCAGGAUUGGUCAGUUCCCCGCGUUUGACUAUUUUGGAGACGGUUCAUUCUAUCUCCUCGACAGUCCCGGUCAUGCCGUUGGCCACCUAUGUGGCCUAGCACGGACUACAACUUCCCCAGAUACUUUCAUUCUGAUGGGGGGAGAUGUCUGUCACUACGCAGGUAUCUUUCGGCCUUCCAAGUUUCUUCCAGUACCAGAUACCAUCAGCCCUCAUCCAUGCCAUCCAGAUGAAGAUGGAGUUCUCUGCCCCGGCGAAGCUUUUGCAAGGCUGCAAAAAUCACGAGGAAGGGCACCAACUGAUACCCUCUUUGACUUGACGUUUGGCUUGGAUCUAGAACUUGCUUCCAAGACUACCAAGCAGCUGCAGGAACUAGACUGUAACGAGAAUAUCUUCGUGGUUGUUGCUCAUGACUCCACUGUCCGCGAUGGAGUUCCUCACUUUCCGAAGAGUCUGAAUGAUUGGAAGGAAAGAGGAUUUGGAAAGGGGUUGAAGUGGGCUUUCUUACGCGAUCUGGAGAAAUACUGGGAAUCUGAGGGCUUACUGGAAAGCCGAAAGGGCAUGGACGAAAAGACUAGAUCAUAG